AUGUUGUUAUUCUACAUCUCUCUUGUUUGUCUCGUCCAAUCAUCGUUCAGUGUCGAAUUAUCUAUCUACAAAAGUUUUACUGAAGUUCAUCAAGUUUGCUAUGGAAUCGGUGAACAUGCAUUGCAAUUUACAAAUGCUGAUUAUGGAAAUAUAAUUGAUGAAUCAAUCAGUUGGAUAGGUACACCAUUACUUCGACAAGAAAUCUACAGUACAAUUCAAUCACUUCAAAAUGCCAAAGUAAUAGUACGCCGAUCGACAGUGUGUGGAUGUGAAACAAUUGAAGCGAAAAUUGUCGAUCCUGAUUCAAUGUUACUGCAAAACGUGAAUACAGGAGCCUAUUUCUAUGCCGAUAAACAAUCAAUUGAAUAUUCGUCAGUACGACCGAACGAAGGUAGAACUACAUUGGCACUUCGAUUUGAAACUGAAAACACACAGUACAAUGGAACAUUGUCAUAUUUAAUGAAAGGAAUCACAUGGAAACCUACUUACGAUCUUUUAUUAAGAGGCGAAAAUGAUUGCAAACUUGUUGCUUUCGCAAAUAUCAAGAAUGACCAACAAAGUGAAUAUACAGUCGAAAUGACUCAUCUCUUGGGUGGUGAUGUUCCACUAGCUACUGGUUAUUCGAAUCCGAGUCAUGCAUUAGAGUUUGAUAAGAAACCAACAAAUCUGAGACCAAUUCAAUUGGAUGGGGAACAAAAAGGUGUGUACUCGUAUUCAUUGAACGAUAAAUACACACUACGCCCAUCAAGUUCGAUUCGUUUGCCAUUCAUUGAUAUUAUUGCAAAAUAUAAAUUCUACUACAAAGCAUCGGCAAGCAUCAGUGCAGGAACGUAUCAAGGUGUCUUUGAAAGAAUUUACGAUCUAACGCCCGAUCAUUUCAUGCCUGCUGGUACUGUCACUAUUCAUGAUAAUCAAGUACUUGUUGGUCAAGUGGCUUUACCUGAUGUUCCUGAAAAUUACACACAAACAUUUGCAGUUGGCCAAGACAACGACGUUCGCUACACGAUCAAGGGUAAUUUAACAGCGAAGAGUGAUGAUAAGGCACCUAAAUCAUUCGAAACAUACAAUAUCGACGUUAACGUUAUGAAUUUUAAGGGCAAAAAAAUUGAUACUCAACUUGUUUUCCAAGCGGGUAUUCAAAUAAUCCUUCUUGAAUCAACAUGUAAGUCUGUUAAUGUACAAGGAAAUCAACUCAAUAUGUUAGUUCAACUCAAUCAGAAUGAACGUCGUUCGUGCAAGUUAAAUGCUACGGUGCAAUUCAAUUAA